UGCAUUUUUAGGAGAACCCCAGUGAAGAGGACGCUGCAGUUGUUGACAAAAUCAUGUCUUCUCGUAUCGUGAAGAAGGAGGUUUCUCCAGGAGUGGUGGUCGAAGACGAGGAGUAUUUUGUAAAAUACAAAAACUACUCCUACCUACACUGUGAGUGGGCCACAGAGCAGCAGCUGGAGAAGGACAAGAGGAUUCCGCAGAAGAUCAAACGUUUCAAGCUGAAGCAAGCACAGAGGGCACUGUUCUUCGCAGACAGGGAAGAGGACCCCUUUAACCCGGACUAUAUCGAGGUAGACAGAGUGCUGGAUGUGUCGUAUUGUGAGGACAAAGACACAGGAGAGGAGGUGGUGUACUACCUGGUGAAGUGGAGCUCUCUGGCUUAUGAAGACAGCACCUGGGAGCUGAAGGACGACGUGGAACAGAGCAAGAUAGAAGAGUUUGAGCAGCUGCAGGCAGUGAAGCCAGACUCUCGCAGGACGGUAAGUCAUGACCCUCCACAUCAGAAUCCCUUCAUUAGUCCCACGGAGGGGACAUUUCAUUGA